GGUCUUCGGGCGGCGAGGAAGAUGGCGUCGGCCAUGCUGGUGCUCAUUUUUCCGCCGUGGCCGGCCGCCCGGGGACUCCUCCGGAGCUGUUGGGAACUGCUACAGCGGAAACUUCAGCAGACCGGGCCAGGUUUACCCAGUCCUCCGUGGGGGCCAGCAUUAGCAAUCCAAGGUCCAGCUGUAUUUACAGAACCAGCAAAUGAUACCAACGGAAGUAAGGAGAUUCCCAGCCUUUCAGAUAGUAUCUUUUGGAUGGCAGCUCCGAAGAACAGACGCAGCAUUGAAGUUAACCGCUGUAGGAGAAGAAACCCUCAGAAACUUAUUAAAGUUAAGAACAAUAUUGAUGUUUGUCCUGAAUGUGGUCACCUGAAACUGAAGCACGUCCUUUGUGGCUAUUGCUAUGAAAAGGUGUGCAAGGAGACUGCAGAAAUCAGAAGACAGAUGGGGAAACUAGAAGGUGGCCCUUUUAAGGCUCCUUCUGUGGAGACUGUGGUGCUGUACGCAGGAGAGGUACCAUCUGAACAAGAUCGUGGUAAGAGAAUCCUUGAACGAGACAGGAAGCGACCGUCCUGGUUCACCCAGAAUUAAGACCAAAGGUGUUGGAAGAGGAUAACUUCAUACAAAACAUUUAGCCUGAAAGAGAGGAAAAUUCUUUGUUUUCACAUUAGUUUGCACUUGUUUUUAAAUUACCAGUCUAGUUUAAAACGUUCUCUCAAAGCAGUUAGUUUUGUGUGGGCAAUUUGAAGAAAAUACCAGGAGUAAACUUUAAAAAUAUUUGUUUAUACAGAGGCACAAUGGACUAACAUGUCUGUUUCUGUUACAUUGUAAGGUUUUAAGUAAAUGUAAAAUUUCCAAUACAGGAAAAUAAAAACAAAUGAUUCAAAAUUCCUUGCAAGAAUUACGUGUUUUGGUUCUGAUUUGGUUUGUUUGCCAGUGGUUUUUCUUACACAAAAACAAACAGAUACUUUCAUUUAAGUAACACCUGGAAAUAGGUUAUUUGAAUUUUGGGUAUUGUUUUUCUAAGAUGGCAGUAAGAGGAGGUUUGUUCUGUUUAGUUUUGUUUUGUUUUAGCAAAUUAAAAUUGCCUUUGGUGAAAUCCAUUUUAUAUGGGAUGUGUGAUGUUAAUUUACUUAGAAAUAGCUCUUCACAUUUUACACUAAAUCAAAAUGACUUUGAGAAUUCCUUAGAUGGCUCACGAGAUUUGUAUCUUAUAGUUUGGGGAGAGAUUUUUAGAAGGGGAUGUGAGUAAAUUCACUGGUAUACUGAACAUGUACAUACCUUUUAGUUUAUUUUUCAUCCUGUCAUCUUAUCUCUUUGUAGCAAUGGCCUUUUUAACUUAAUAUAAUUCAUUUCAAAUUUCCCUUUCCCUGCCCCUUUCAUGUAUCUAUCCUGAACCUGAAGGUUGCUAUUUUAUGUG